CGGCAUUUCUCCAUCGCUUCAUCCCCUUCCCACUCCACCAGCACAACCAGACGACAGACACAGACAGAUUCAGCCUCCGAGAACACCCGUGGAAAGCCCAUCUAAUCACGAUUUAGCACCACCGUCAUAGGCCACCUCCUCAUUUUCACCAUCGACGACGACUAUCACGACGCUUUGGCUCACGCUCGAAACCGGUGGUUCCGCUACAAAGUGUGUGUCCGACGCGUAUAAAAAGGAUGGCCCAGAAUCUGCUUACAUCAAGCGCUUUCGCUUCUCUCCCCUGCACUCGCAAAUUUGCUGUCGAGAGCUCUGCUCGAUUUGGUAGCUUUGUCGGACCCAGCACACGACCAUGUUCCGCUCAACAUCACCGUAGGAUACCUGCCCAACGCCGCGCCACGGGACCGACGACAGCAGAACCGAGGGACUCGACUGCAGCAGUAACAUGGGCUUCGAAAAAGGCCUGGGCCAGCGCGACCGCGGUAGCUCGUCCAACUCUGCACGGAAGAUCGGGUUUCAGCGCUAGGGGCAAUGUUGCUGCUCACGCGCUGCAGACGCGGUCCAUGCACUCGACGGCCCACCGCUCCGCCCUCUCCGUCAAAUCCCAUCCCUCGAAAAACCGCGAUCGAGGGCCUGAGAGUAAAGAGGAUACGCAGACGGAUUUUGGCGCUAUGAAUAUGUUAGGGAAUAUGGUUCCACCUUCUACGGCUGUGGAUGCAUGUCUCGAUGAUGGGUUCGCGCUGGACUCGGGGUUGAAGGUCACAGAAGCGGGAGUCUUGCUCGUAGGUGGAGAGGCGUUUAAAUGGAGGCCUUGGAUACGGGAAGGCGAGGGCAAUCACAGUGUAGGAGGAAGAGGAGCCGGAAAAGUCAAGAAUGCAAAGGGCAUGUUUGAAGUGGAUAAAAGCGUCUGGGGAGUGCUGGACUUGGUCUGGCCGAAACCUGACUUGUUGAUUCUGGGCACUGGGGAGAAGAUUGUGCCCGUGAGUCCGCAGACGAGGAGAGAUAUUGCCGCAUUAGGAAUCAGAAUCGAGGUGCAGGAUACACGAAAUGCGGCGGCGCAGUUCAACAUGUUGGCGACGGAGAGGGGGACUCAACAGGUUGCUGCGGCAUUGGUGCCUAUCGGAUGGAGGGAGUAAGGUAG